UCUACUUCUAUCCAAAACCUAUACCAAACCAUUGAAAGCUGAAGAUCAAAGAGAGAAAAAGAUACCCUAAGCAAAAUAUGGCUUGCUGGUCUGCUGAGAAUGCCACAAAAGCCUACCUCGAUACUUUGAAAAUGGGACAAAGAGCUAAAGAGCCAGAUGUAGCUGAGUUUAUUUCAGCAAUAGCUGCAGGCAACAAUGCACAAUUGAUGGUUGUGGCAUGUGCUGGUGCUGCCGACUCCAACACCCUAGCAUUGGUGGCUGCCGCUCACCAAACCUGUGGCCGUGUAGUUUGCAUCCUUGGUGGGAUUGAAGAAGUGCAGCUAUCAAAGGAAGUCCUAGGCCUUGAUGCAUGUCAUGUUGAAUUUGUUAUAGGGGAAGCUCAAAAGCUAGUGCAAACCCAAUAUAGGGAAGCAGAUUUUGUGCUUAUUGAUUGUAAUCUUGAGAACCAUGAAGGAAUUUUUAAAGCUGUGCAAAAGGUAAGGAGGCAAAGUGGUGUGGUUAUUGUGGGGUAUAAUGCAUUUUGUAAAGGAUCUUGGUGGUCUAGUGGAUCAAGAACUCAAUUGUUACCUAUAGGAGAAGGGUUGCUAGUGGCUAAAAUUGCCAGCAGGUGUGAAAUUGGUAAGAGUCAGUGGGUUGUUAAGGUAGAUAAACUCACAGGUGAAGAGCAUGUAUUCAGAGUCAGAUUCCCACAAGGGAAACAGAUUGAAGCUUAAGUUUCUAUUUAUAUGCUCCCUUUGGUUGAUAUUGGAGGACUCCUAAUUUGCCUCCAUUUUCCAAUCAAAGAUAAUAUCAUGUACUAGAAGCUACCUUUUGA